GUGCCCAGUCAUGGCAGGAGGCCUGUUCUCCAUCGACAAGAAGUACUUCUUUGAGCUGGGAGCCUACGACCCUGGGCUGGACGUCUGGGGAGGUGAAAACAUGGAGAUUUCCUUCAAGGUCUGGAUGUGCGGGGGAGAGAUCGAGAUCGUGCCGUGCUCCCGGGUCGGGCACAUCUUCAGGAACGACAACCCCUACCCCUUCCCGAAGGACCGGGUGAGGACGGUGGAGAGGAACCUGGCGCGGGUGGCCGAGGUGUGGCUGGACGAGUACAAGGAGCUGUUCUACGGCCACGCGUACCACCUGCUCCGGAGGGGCCUGGACCUGGGCGACCUGGCCCCGCAGAUGCAGCUGCGCAGGAGGCUGCGCUGCAAAAGCUUCCGCUGGUACCUGGAGAACGUCUACCCCGACCUGGAGGCUCCCCUGGUCAAAGCCGGCGGGCUGCUCGUGAACAUGGCCACGGCAAGGUGCGUCGCGGCGGAGAACACCACGCUGGCGUUGGAGGAGUGCGAUGUUAACGACGAGCACCAGAGGUUCAACUACACGUGGCUGCGGCUGCUCCGGCACCAGGAGCUCUGCGUGGCCCCAGUCGGUGCCGGGGGAGCCCUGGGCCUGCGCCGCUGCGGGGACGGGGACGGGAACCGCGGCCUGGCCUGGCUGCACAGGGCGCUGGUGCGGGCAGAGCUGAGGGACCACCUGAUGGCGGAGCAGCCCCCACGGCCGAUGUGCCUGGAGGGGGAUCCCAUGCACGGCGCCCUGCGGAUGAGCCCCUGCGACGCCACCAGCCCCUACCAGAAGUGGCAAUUCGGGACUUACCACGCGGACUGA